AUGCCGAUCGAGACAGCGGCCACGCUGCCUCCGCCUCCGUCGGAGGCAGCGCUGGCGACGCCGACCGCGUCUCACUCACAGGUGCAGUCCACGGGAACGCCGGAGGCCACCCCCGCUGCAUCGUCAUCGCCGAAGCCGGCAGCAAUCAUCUCACAAAGGGAAGGCUCGGCCAACGACUCGGGAACACCUGUAACUGCCACGGCGCCCCGCACAACGCGCUUCUUGAAUGAUGUCGAGGCUGAGGAGAACCGCUACCUCUAUGAAACUCUCUACAAGUCGCUCGCUGAACCUGCUGACACGGCCAUCCGCGACGAGCUCACUGUCGGCGACACUGUUCGUUUCGCACGCGACGCCAAACGAGAGUUCAUCGCGGCUGCGACGAUGCCGAUGGGCGAAAAAGUGAAGAACUGCUCCGCGCUCGCGCGCAGCUUCUUACAAAAGAAGAACCAGCAGGUAGCCCACGUGUUCAUUGUGUUCAGCGUGCUCAUGACGACAAUGCCGGUGAUAGUCCUUCUCAUUGGCAUGAGACUGAUUGCCCCGCGGCUUGAUAUGGACCCGACGCUGUGUGGGGGUGGCUUGGCUGUGUUCACAGCGAUAUCGCUCAUGGGUUCCUACGUGGUGUACGCCAUGGUGGAGGAAGCGCAGUGCGGCAGGCAGAAUGCAAGCGAGACUGAGAGUAAGAAGGAGCGCUGA